AAAGCGCUAUUCUCUCUUCUUCCUCCCCCUAUUUGUGUCUCUCCCUGUCUCACUAAGCUCCUUUGGUGGGAUUGCAGAGAGAGACCCAUCCACGAUUCUUCUCGGAGAACAAGCAUUCUCUGUCUCUCUCUCUCUCUUGAUCUUCUUCAUCGGAAGAUCAGGUAAUGAAAUAGUUCCCAUGGGCAGUUGCGCGUCAAAACCGGAAGAAGGAAUUAGAACACACAAAAGACGACGCUACAGGUUCAAGAGAACCCAUGGGAAGACUACCACUUCUGUUCAUGAUGGAACAAAGAAUAGGGUGAGUGAUGCAGGAGCUCGUGUCACAGAUUUCACCCUUAAUGAGCUUGUUCAUAGGGGUUUUGAGAAGGGUGCAACCACCACUCGCAGAAGAUCUAAGGUUUCCAAUUCAAAAUUCCAUCUCACUCAGUUGCAAUGGCACCAUAGUCAGCUUGAUGCAAAUGUAAUUUGCAAAGAGGAUGUUUGGUUCGACUCAGUCAGCAUCCUGGAAUCAGACUCUGAUGAUGACUUCUGCAGUGUGCAUGGAGACGGUUUUUCGCUGGUUGGCAGUGCAAUUGGGAACAUCUCUAGUAGCCAAGUGCUUCACUAUGAAACUUCUUCACGAGUUGUGGAGGGCGAGGGUAAAUAUGAAGAAUACCAUGAAAGUUAUUUACAAAUAGAUGGAAGUAAAACUGAGAAUUUUUUGAGCAAGGAUGGAUACGAGCUUCCACACACAGGGAAGACUGAUGAAUUUCUCAACAGGAAGAAGACCGUAGAUCAUACACAUGGAAGCUUUAAAGGUCUAAAAGAGCAUAAACGCGAUUCUGGCGACAGUGCUUUAAAAUCUGGCUUGUCUCGGUUGGUUCCUUCUGUAAGCUUCAAUGACAAGACACUUAAUGCUUCAAACAUUGGUCCACUGUCUCAAAAGAAAAAAUUUGAGACAAAAUCCGCAGUUUUCAGGCUUUCUUUUAAGAGGAGAUCAUGCGAUGGAGAAGAAACACUCGAAGAAUGUGCUUCAAAAAGAUUCUUGUAUCGCCCAAAAGCAGGAUUUGUUAUUCCACGUUGCAAAGGAGAGAAGCCAGCCGGAGGAUGCUGGAAAGAACUUCCACCUUCAACAUUCAAACUCCGUGGCGAAACAUAUUUCAAGGAUAAGCGGAAGUCCCCUGCUCCAAAUCAUAGUCCAUACAUUCCAAUUGGUGUCGAUUUAUUUGUCUGCCAGAGAAAGAUAAAUCACAUCGCGCAACAUAUUGAACUUCCGAAUGCUAAAGCAGAUGGGAAGAUCCCUCCUCUUCUUAUUGUAAAUAUUCAGAUGCCUACCUAUCCUGCUGCAAUGUUCCUCGGCGAUAGUGAUGGGGAAGGGAUGAGCCUCGUACUUUAUUUUAAAGUUUCUGAAGAUAUUGACAAGAAUAUCUCUUCCCAAUAUCAGGACAACAUCAUGAGAUUGGUUGAAGAUGAGAUGGAAAAGGUGAAAGGGUUUGCAAAAGACUCUGUUGUUCCUUUCAGAGAGAGGCUUAAGAUCAUGGCGGGUUUAGUUAAUCCGGAGGACCUCGGCCUGAGCUCUGCUGAAAAGAAACUUGUACAUGCUUAUAAUGAAAAGCCAGUACUUUCUCGGCCCCAGCACGAUUUCUAUAUGGGUCAUAAUUAUUUCGAGAUUGAUCUGGAUAUUCAUCGAUUCGGCUAUAUAUCAAGGAAGGGACUUGAAUCAUUCCGGGAUCGUUUGAGAAAUGGAGUCAUUGAUCUGGGCUUGACUAUCCAGGCUCAAAAACCAGAAGAACUACCAGAGCAAGUUUUGUGCUGUCUAAGAUUGAACAAGAUUGAUUUUGUUGAUCAUGGUCAAAUACCAACGCUAGUUACCAUCGAUGAUGAUUGAUCGAUACAGAUGGUAUGAAUGCAUACAGCAGUAUAGACAGAUGAAGGAAAAUUCAUUUGAUGGAGAGGAUCAAGAUUUUAUCUUCUAUACUCAUCCAGCUCUCUGCAAUUCCAGCUUUAUACUAACGAAAAUCUUUCUUUCUUUCUUUUUUCAAAUUGUUUUUAAGUUACAUGAAUACAAUGUUCCCCAAUUAUAGCGUUUCCAUAGCCUUUUUAGUUGCCCAGCUUUGGUCAUAGGAUCUUAGACAUGGAUACAUUCUGGAUUCUAUGAUUUUAUAUCCCUAUUAAACUCACCUAUACAACCCAUAUAUAUGUAUAAUUUUUUUAUUCUCUGUUGUGA